UUUCCGCUCCGCAUCGAGUGCUUGUUAUGUCCGAACAAUGUGUGCACCACUCUUCCGUUUCUUUGCUCUCUCCUCAACGUUUCUCUCGUAUACCAUAAUUUUUGAUUUUUGAGGGUAUACAUGGGCAUGACUGUGAUAAGAGGAAGCACAGGAAGAGCUAGGCGAUUAUAACAGGUUCGGCCAAGUCGCCAGAUUGAAGCCGAAACAGUUGUCCUUGCAAGGUCCCAAAGAUCAUCAGAUUUCCUGCGUAGACGGAAACCACUGAGCGCCUUCGCGAUUGGGAAGAGCAGCAGCCUUUAGAGAACCGGGGACAUUGGCCUUUGUGGGAUUCGCCAUUUGGCUCCGCAAAGCAAGGACAUCUUUCGCAGCACUCAUUCGGCCUGCCAGCACAAAUUCGAGAUUACAAUCAUGCUACAGAGCAGUGCGGCCGCAUUGGCCUCAUAUGCCACUCCGUGGAUCUACCCGCCACUCCUAUCGAUCGCUCGCAGUCAGAUCAUUAACCUUUUGAGGAACAUACAGGUCGGGUCUCUGAAAAUCACGGAUACAGAUGGCACAACUACAGUAUGUGGAUCGCCUAAAACCGCCAGCCUCGUUGACGAGAGCCAGGAGAAGAAUGUGUAUGCAAAGUCCCAUUCAGAACUUAUCGUACACCAGGACAUGUUCUGGGUCCGGCUACUCCUCUUCGCAGAUAUGGGUCUGGCAGAAUCUUACAUGCUCGGGGAGGUUAGCUGUACGGAUCUGACAGCAUUUUUCAAACUGUUCAUCAGCAACAAGAAAUACCUGUCCAAUGGCACAACCUUGAGCAGCAACAUCAUGGGCCGAAUUUCGGGUCUGAUCAGGAAAACAAACGAUCUUACGAACGCGAAGCUGAAUAUCUCGGCUCACUACGACAUCUCGAAUGCCAUGUUUGAGGCCUUCCUUAGCCCCGAUAUGACAUAUUCGUGUCCGAUCUUCCUCGCCAAGUCUGACCCAAUGUGCGCGCAGGAGACUCUGGAGCAGGCACAGUACCGCAAACUCAAUCGCUUCAUCAGGAACUGUAAGAUCAAGAGCUCUGAUCACGUUCUCGAGAUUGGCACAGGCUGGGGGUCAUUCGCGAUUUUGGCAGUGGAGAAAACAGGUUGCAGAGUCACAUCUCUGACCCUGUCUGAAGAGCAGAAGAAGCUUGCAGACGAACGUAUAGCGGCAAAAGGCUUUAGCGAUCGCAUUCAGGUCUUGAUAUGCGACUAUCGCUCGCUCCCCGUGCCCCAGAAAGAGGAGCAGAAGUACGACAAGGUCGUGUCGAUUGAGAUGCUGGAAGCUGUAGGAGCAGAAUAUUUGGAGACAUACUUUCGUUGCAUCGACCAGCUGCUGAAGAGCGAGGGAGGGGUGGCAUGCUUCCAGUGCAUCACGAUACCAGAGAGCAGAUACGCGGGCUAUGCGAACUCAGACGACUUCAUCAGACGCUACAUCUUCCCCGGAGGACACCUGCCCACAAUCACACAAUUACUGGACAGCAUUCGAGCGGGAUCCAGCAACACGAGGAAAGGAGUCCAGCCACGCCUCAUACCAGAAUCCAUUGAAAACAUCGGUCCCCACUACGCGAAGACGUUGCGGCUGUGGAGACAGAAUUUCAUGCAGUCCUUCACGACUCGGAUCAGACCAGCCCUGAUGCUUGAAUUUCAGGAACGCCAAGGAAGGAAAAUGUCCGAAGAGGAAGUCGAGAUCUUCAAGAAGAAAUGGGAGUACUACUUUGCAUACUGUGAAGCCGGCUUCGCAACCAAGACCCUCGGAGAUGUCAUUUUGACCGUCGGGCGAGAAGGUGCGAUCGAGAUGAUGGAGGAUGUGCCGUUGUAGUAGAUUUUUUGUUUGCACCGUUCUGACAGGUCAUAUGAUGAAAGAUGGAAAGCUGUUGUCGUGAAAACGUCUUUUUUGAGCGUAUACGCACACUGACUUAUAUCUCGUGGACCAUUAUUCGUUUUCUCUCUUUCCCAAGGCAUCAUCGGCAGAUGGUAUACAUACCUACCUAGGUAGGUAUCUAGAUGUGUAUGUAUGUGGAUGGCAAC